UCGGGCGGCGGAGGCUGGCAGCAUCAUCUGCGUCCAAGAUGUCGAAGCUGCGUAUCCUGUGUCUUCAUGGAAGCCGGACCAAUUCGGACAUUAUUUCGAUGCAAGUGGCGGGUUUUCGCCAAGCAUUCGGCAACACAGCAGACUUCGUGGUGGUCGAUGCCCCAUUUCCUGCCUCGGGUCGUCCCGAACAAGGCAUCAUCGACUUUUUCGGGGAAGAAGGACCGUACUUUGAGUGGUGGGAAGCGUUUGAGCGAACGAAAGUCAACUAUCCUGGCUGGGGAGAGUCCCUGGCUUACCUCCAAAACGUCGUGAACACCCAAGGGCCUUACGAUAUUGUGCUGGGGUUUUCCCAAGGCGCUUCCGUCGCGACCCUGCUGACAGCGCAUUACCAAGCCAAGAACCAGAAGAUUCCGUUCAAGGCGGUUGUGCUGGUCUGCGGCCUGUGCCCGCGCGAUGGCAUGCCGCAGCACCUUCUGGUGGAGCCUGGAACCACCAAGUACGACUUGAAGAUCCCUUCGAUCCACAUCCUGGGCGCGAAGGACGACAUUUUCGACCUCAGCCAAGACCUUGUGGAAGCUUAUUCGCCCUUGGGUCGCCAAGUUCAUGUGCACUCGGACGGCCAUCGGUUCCCUCCGCCGUCUACCUCCCGCCCCUUGUACAACGAGAUUGUGGACAAGCUUCGAAGCAUCUGCGCGUUAACGACGGUCUAAUGCGGGUAUAGUGACACGCAUUUGUCGAUGCGCCACGUAAUACUACUGUACUAAGUAGUACUGUGCUCCGAGUAUUUCGUGCCAGAUGAACAGCAAUUUAUGGCGUUGCUUACAUGUACGGAUAAACUGCAACGUCCGGAUAAAUCGCAAAUCGCACACGUCGCUUGAC